UGUGUACUCUCGAACCGCACGGUCCGACGCUCGUCUGUCGCGCAUAAAGCACCGUCCUCAGCCAUCAGCCCUCAGCACAAAGGCAGAAGAAAGGACGCGAAUUUGAUUCAAUUAACUACGAAACAGCGAAAAAAGCACAUACACUAGUGGCAGAGUGGAAAACCGGUUUUAAAGACUGCACAAGUUCAGCUGUUUCAAUAAAAAUUUGCUGCGCUACACUGCGGUGGAUGGUGGAUGCUGAUAGCCAAAAGGUGGUUUUGUCCGUCACCGUCACAUCUCGUGCGAGAGAAAUUAAACCAAAAUCGGAAUAGAGCAGAGCAGAUUCGCAGAAUCAUACGAUAUUUUUUAUGCACAACACAGUCGGCGACGAAUGGCGGGUCGCGACACGAGGGGCGAUGUGUGGUUAUAUUUCGAGUAGAACGCAAUAAUACAACCCCCACCACCAUAGGCACAGAGUGGAGUGGAGAGGAGAGCAGCGGAGAGGAGCUAUCAGCAAGCAUCAGGCGAGAGCCGGAGAGAGCAAGAAGAGAGCGGAACGUCGCUGGAACAACGCUCAAUGCGCGCCGUUUUGUUAUUGUUUGUACAGCAGCAGCAAUCGGAACGGUCCGGGCAUCAUCUACAUAUAUUUUGCACCGCCAUUGGGCGAUAAUUAAGUACUAGCUAGCUGCUCUGCUGAAAGGGACACUGGCGCACAUCUUCUGGACACCGAGACACUGAGACACCACGCACUUCCGAUCACUUGGCCGGCGGCUGAUUGAAUACAAAUUCCGUUGAAGCCACACCAAGACAAGACAAGGCAAGGCAGGGGAAGCAUCAGCAUAAUCAUGCUAUCGACUGUCUUGAACUUUGCCCAGCGUGUCGCUGAGAUUUCUUUGCUCGGCGGCAUAGAGAUUGCAUCAGUUGCACUCAUCGUCUACUAUGUGUUUGCGAAAACGAGGGCACCCAUCAUUAUCGCCAACUUGUUUCCCAAUUUGAAUCUGAGCUACCGCACGUCUUUGGGGAAGAUCAAUACCAUACGCAGCGAUCUGUUGGUCACGCUGCGCUCAACGAAUGAGCCAAAAGUGCAAAGCUCUGUUGCACAUGGCAUUGGCACCCAGAACAUGCUGGAGCUGACGCCGCACGCUGGAUACAAACCGUUCAAGGGCUAUUUUGAUUGGGGUGUGAUCUUCCCCUAUGUCGCGCAGGUGUUUCGCAGCGAAAAGUUUGAAUACCGACAGGUUACCGAAAUCGUUCACAAUGAUCCCGCACUGAAACUUGCGAUUAAGCAGGCUGCCGAACAGGAUCUGCGCGAGCAGCGCUAUGCGCAAAACGGCCAUCGACUGCUCACGCGCAGCGUUAGCGGUGAUCAGGAGGAGGAGGAUGAGAGCAAGGGCAUAUCGUACCAAGCUAUUUUGCGCAAACAGGAGCAACGUGCCAUCACCAUACUGAAGGAAAUGGGCUCCACUUUAAACAAUGGCCUGCUCGCCUUUACCUCUUGGAUCCUGUACAAGCUGUUGCCAUGCUUCCUGUCUGGCGUCGUGACGAACACUAAACAGAUUGAAAUGCUCAAAACCGCAUCGGAACGGUCGCCCGGUACACCGUUGAUAUUUGUGCCACUGCAUCGCAGUCACUUGGACUACAUCAUGGUCACUUUUAUUCUGACCAACAACGACAUACGCAGCCCCCUGGUGGCCGCUGGCAACAACCUGCAGAUUCCCGUCUUUGGUGGCCUGCUCCGUGGUCUUGGGGCCUUUUUCAUUAAGCGCAAAAUCGAUCCGGUGGAGGGGAAGAAGGAUGUGCUCUAUCGCGCGGCACUCCACCUAUACCUGACCCAUGCCCUGAAGCAGGGCCACAAUGUUGAGUUUUUUAUCGAGGGCGGACGAACGCGCACGGGCAAGCCGUGCAUGCCGAAGGGCGGCAUCCUCUCUGUGAUUGUGAAUGCCUUCAUGGACGGCAGCAUUCCAGAUGCUCUCCUAGUCCCCGUUUCGGUCAACUAUGAACGCCUUGUCGAUGGCAACUUCGUGCGCGAGCAGAAGGGAGAGAAGAAAAUCCCAGAGUCCUUCACAAAGGCCAUUUCAGGCAUCUGGAAGGCGCUCAACUCCAAGUACGGCCGCAUGCGCAUUGACUUCAAUGAACCAUACUCGAUACGCGAGCUGGUCAAUUCGUUCAACCAAAUCGCCAACGAAGAUGGCAGUGCCAAGAUCUACAAGCCUGUAGUCAAAACUCUGCAGCAUAAUCAAUCGACGUCCUCGCUUUAUGGCACCGAUGUGGUGUGUGAAGAGCAUCGCAAUCUCAUCGAAAGCAUCUCGCGGCAGGUAGUCUUCGACUGUGCAGCUGCCACAUCUGUGAUGUCCACCAAUGCGCUGGCCUUUCUGCUGCUCACCCGCUACCGCCAAGGUGCCGAGGAACAAUUGCUGGCCGCAGCGUUGGACGAUUUGCGCAAUUCGUUGUCUGGCUGCAAGGACAUUGGGUUCGCAGGCGAAUCCUCGCAUGUCUUGGAGUACGCCUGUGAGCUGCUAGGCUCAGGUCUGGUUUCCCGCACACGUAACGAGAACGGCCGCAUGUUCAUUCGUGCCGUCGACUCGGUGGAGAGCGUCAUCGAGCUGGCCUACUACUCGAAUGCGCUGGCCCCGCACUUUGCCCUCAAUUCGAUUCUGAUGACUACGUUCCAUUCGCUGCUACCCGAGACCCCGGGGUCAUCCAACACUGCGGCAGCCGUAUCGCGCAAGAAGCUGAUUGAAGCGGCACUGGAGAACUGCCAGAUAUAUCGCUACGAGUUCAUACUGAACAAGCCCACUCAAGUAUUGGAGAACUUGCUAGAUAAUCAUCUGAAUGAUCUGUUGUUCCGUGAUUACAUUCGAUUGCCAAAAGAGGAUAAGGAGAUCAAUUCUCUAGACAGCUAUAGAGCCAGGAACUUGGCACAACAUAUAGACGUCGACGAUGAUGACGACUAUCUGUGUGUGGAGAACAACGAGAACGAUGAUGAGGGUGCCAAGCUGCUUUUCUGUAGCGAAACACUUCAGCAGCAGCGCAACAUCUGCGAGGUGCUAUCACCGUUCGCCUGUACAUACUUGACGGUGGCCCAAGCCCUGCAGAUACUUCACCGAAACUCAAUGCUUGAGUCAGAGUUUAUAAACUUUGUGAUCAACGAUUUGUCCGCCAAAGUGAAGCGCGGAAGCUGCAUCUAUGCUGAAAGCAUAUCUACCGAUUCCGUGCGCAACUGUCUGAAGCUUUUAGAGAAAUGGUCUGUGAUUGAGGUGUGCAACCAGCAGGGUAUGCGCCUCAUCUCUCUCAACACGCUCUACGAGAUGUCGCGGGAUAGUCUCAACACGAUUGUCAAAAAGAUAGACGCCAUUGUGCCAAAAUUAAAUGCUGGUUACUUGCAGAUCAACCCCUAACCAAACAAUAUGGUGUUGAUUUAUUUUUGGCACUCGACUCGACUCGCUCGACGUGUGGUGUGUGUAUAGUGUAUGUAUAUCCCCACUUAAGAUUACAGUGCAUACUCCUAGAUCUUACCGACUAAAAUAUGUCUAGUUUUAUAGUCAUACGAGAGUUACCCGUAUACGUACGUAAGUAUGUAUGUAUGCCAAAGUGCUAGCUUUAACAACCAACGAAAUAUAUGAACAAAUUCAUUUACAUCAUUUAACAUACAUAAAGCAUAAGGCAUAAAACAAAGCAUAGCAAAGCAAACAAAAUGAAAGUAAAUACAAUACAAAAUAUCUAGAAUCGACUCCUAUACUGAACUGAUUGAAUAAACUUUAUAAUUUUAUAUCCUAGACAAAUAGAAGACUUAAAAACAUUA